AUUCGGGAUCCAGUUUCAGAGAGCGAGAGAUUGGGGAGCGCCGGCAGCCGGGUGGGGGGAAGCAGCUCUCGCCUCUCUCCUCCUCCUUCUCCUCGUCCUCGGCCUCCUCCUCCUCCCCGCGCCGCCCCGCCCCCGGCUCGGCUCGGCUCGCCCCCCCCCCCCCAGGAAGGGGAAAAAAGGCGAGAAGAGCCGGGCAGGCGAGAGGAGCGGAGCGGCAGCGGCGGCGGCCGGAGAGGGAGCGGUGGCGGCGGGCGCGGCGUUGGCGGCGGCCCCGGCGGAGCGAGCGCGGAGCCGGUGAGCCCGGAGCACAGGCGGCAGCGCAGCGUCCUGGCCCGGCUCGGGCCCGCGCGCCCAGCGUCGUCCGCAGCGUCGACAUCCCGACCCUCCGGGCGCCCGGGGGGCUCCUGCAGCGGGGAGGAAGGGGAGGCUGCCUGCGUGCGCCGGCGGGUGCGCUCCAGGGGGCGUCCCGGCGAGGCCCGGAGCCGGCCGGGGGCGGCGGCGGCUGGAGGAGCCCCCCCUCCGGUCGGGCGCCCGGCUCGGCCGCGGGCGACGCGAGGCACUCGCGGGGAUUUGCAACUCGCCGGAUCGAGUCCUCGCCGGCGGGCGGCUGCUGCUGGGGAAGCUGCUGCUGGUGGUCACAGGCAGGCACCAGGGCCCUGGACUUUAGAAGCCGUUGUUGCCUUCUCUGUCACCGGAAGCGGGGCCCUCUCCCAUCCCACCCUUGCCCCACACCCCUGCCCCCGCCGGGCCGGCCCUGCCCACCGCCGGACCCUGGCAUGUCAAGGCCUGGCCCGCGCCUGCCUGCCCAGCCCGCGGAACCCCGGCGGCCCCGCGAGCUAGGAUGAGGGGCCAGGCCGCCGCCCCCCGCCCCGUGUGGAUCCUCGCCCCGCUGCUGUUGCUGCUGCUGCUGCUGCUGCUGGGGCGCUGUGUACGGGCGGCCACUGGGGCCGACGCAGGGCCGGUGCCCGAGCCGUGCGCCACGCUGGUGCAGGGAAAGUUCUUCGGCUACUUCUCAGCGGCCGCGGUGUUCCCGGCCCACGCCUCGCGCUGCUCCUGGACGCUGCGCAACCCGGACCCGCGGCGCUACACGCUCUACAUGAAGGUGGCCAAGGCGCCUGUGCCCUGCGCCGGCCCCGGCCACGUCCGCACCUACCAGUUCGACUCCUUCCUUGAGUCCACGCGCACCUACCUGGGCGUGGAGAGCUUCGACGACGUGCUGAGGCUCUGCGAUUCCUCGGCGCCCCUGGCCUUCCUGCAGGCCAGCAAGCAGUUCCUGCAGAUGCGGCGCCAGCAGCCACCCCAGGACCACGACCUCGGGCCCCGACCCGCUCCGGCGAGCCCCGGCGACGACUUCUCCGUGGAGUACCUGGUGGUGGGGAACCGCAACCCCAGCCGCGCCGCCUGCCAGAUGCUAUGCCGCUGGCUGGAUGCGUGUCUGGCCGGAAGCCGUAGCUCGCACCCCUGCGGCAUCAUGCAGAGCCCCUGCGCCUGCCUGGGUGGCGAGGCGGGAGGCCCUGCCGCGGGCCCCCUGGCCCCCAACGGGGAUGUCUGCUUGAGAGAUGCGGUGGCCGGUGGCCCUGAAAACUGCCUGACCAGCCUGACCCAGGACCGGGGUGGGCACGGUACCACAGCAGGUGGCUGGAAGCUGUGGUCCCUGUGGGGCGAAUGCACGCGAGACUGCGGGGGAGGCCUGCAGACGCGGACGCGCACCUGCCUGCCCGCGCCGGGCGUGGAAGGCGGCAGCUGCGAGGGGGUGCUGGAGGAGGGCCGCCAGUGCAACCGCGAAGCCUGCGGCCCCGCUGGGCGCACCAGCUCCCGGAGCCAGUCCCUGAGGUCCACAGAUGCCCGGCGGCGCGAGGAGCUGGGGGACGAGCUGCAGCACUUUGGGUUCCCGGCCCCCCAGACCGGUGACCCAGCAGCUGAGGAGUGGUCCCCAUGGAGCGUGUGCUCCAGCACCUGCGGCGAGGGCUGGCAGACCCGCACGCGCUUCUGCGUGUCCUCCUCCUACAGCACACAAUGCAGCGGGCCCCUGCGCGAACAACGGCUGUGCAACAACUCCGCCGUGUGCCCAGUGCAUGGUGCCUGGGAUGAAUGGUCACCCUGGAGCCUCUGCUCCAGCACCUGUGGCCGUGGCUUUCGGGAUCGCACGCGCACUUGUAGGCCCCCCCAGUUUGGGGGCAACCCCUGUGAGGGCCCAGAGAAGCAAACCAAGUUCUGCAACAUUGCCCUGUGCCCUGGCCGGGCAGUGGAUGGAAACUGGAAUGAGUGGUCGAGCUGGAGCGCCUGCUCCGCUAGCUGCUCCCAGGGCCGACAGCAGCGCACGCGUGAGUGCAACGGGCCUUCCUACGGGGGCGCUGAGUGCCAGGGCCACUGGGUGGAGACCCGAGACUGCUUCCUACAGCAGUGCCCAGUGGACGGCAAGUGGCAGGCUUGGGCAUCGUGGGGCAGCUGCAGUGUCACAUGUGGGGCCGGCAGCCAGCGACGGGAGCGUGUCUGCUCUGGGCCCUUCUUCGGGGGAGCAGCCUGCCAGGGCCCCCAUGAUGAGUACCGGCAGUGCGGCACCCAGCGGUGUCCCGAGCCCCAUGAGAUCUGUGAUGAGGACAACUUUGGUGCCAUGAUCUGGAAGGAGACCCCAGCGGGAGAGGUGGCUGCUGUCCGGUGUCCCCGAAACGCCACAGGACUCAUCCUGCGACGCUGUGAGCUGGACGAGGAAGGCAUCGCCUACUGGGAGCCCCCCACCUACAUCCGCUGUGUUGCCACUGACUACAGAAACAUUCAGAUGAUGACCCGGGAGCACUUGGCCAAGGCCCAGCGGGGGCUGCCGGGGGAAGGGAUCUCAGAGGUCAUCCAGACGCUGGUGGAGAUCUCCCAGGAUGGGACCAGCUACAGCGGGGACCUGCUGUCCACCAUUGACAUCCUGAGGAACAUGACGGAGAUUUUCCGGAGGGCAUACUACAGCCCCACACCUGGGGAUGUACAGAACUUUGUCCAGAUCCUUAGCAACCUGCUGGCGGAGGAGAACCGGGAAAAGUGGGAGGAGGCCCAGCUGGCGGGCCCCAACGCUAAGGAACUGUUCCGGCUGGUGGAGGACUUUGUGGACGUCAUUGGCUUCCGCAUGAAGGACUUGAGGGAUGCGUACCAGGUGACAGACAACCUGGUCCUCAGCAUCCAUAAGCUCCCAGCCAGCGGAGCCACUGACAUCAGCUUCCCCAUGAAGGGCUGGCGGGCCACGGGCGAUUGGGCCAAGGUGCCGGAGGACAGGGUCACUGUGUCCAAGAGUGUCUUCUCCACGGGGCUGGCAGAGGCUGAUGAAGCAUCAGUGUUUGUGGUGGGCACCGUGCUCUACCGGAACCUGGGCAGCUUCCUGGCCCUGCAGAGGAACACCACGGUCCUGAACUCCAAAGUGAUCUCCGUGACUGUGAAGCCCCCGCCUCGCUCCCUGCGCACACCGUUGGAGAUCGAGUUUGCCCACAUGUACAAUGGCACCACCAACCAGACCUGCAUCGUGUGGGAUGAGACGGAUGUACCCUCCUCCUCCUCCGCCCCCCCGCAGCUCGGGCCCUGGUCGUGGCGCGGCUGCCGCACGGUGCCCCUCGACGCCCUCCGGACGCGCUGCCUCUGUGACCGGCUCUCCACCUUCGCCAUCUUAGCCCAGCUCAGCGCCGACGCGAACAUGGAAAAGGCCACCCUGCCGUCCGUGACGCUCAUCGUGGGCUGUGGCGUGUCCUCACUCACCCUGCUCAUGCUGGUCAUCAUCUAUGUUUCUGUUUGGAGGUACAUCCGCUCGGAACGGUCUGUCAUCCUCAUCAACUUCUGCCUGUCCAUCAUCUCCUCCAAUGCCCUCAUCCUCAUUGGGCAGACCCAGACCCGCAACAAGGUGGUGUGCACGCUGGUGGCCGCCUUCCUGCACUUCUUCUUCCUGUCCUCCUUCUGCUGGGUGCUCACCGAGGCCUGGCAGUCCUACAUGGCCGUGACGGGCCACCUCCGGAACCGCCUCAUCCGCAAGCGCUUCCUCUGUCUGGGCUGGGGGCUCCCCGCGCUGGUCGUGGCCAUUUCCGUGGGAUUCACCAAGGCCAAAGGGUACAGCACCAUGAACUACUGCUGGCUCUCCCUGGAGGGGGGACUGCUCUAUGCCUUCGUGGGACCGGCCGCCGCCGUCGUGCUGGUCAACAUGGUCAUUGGGAUCCUGGUGUUCAACAAGCUGGUGUCCAAAGAUGGCAUCACGGACAAGAAGCUGAAGGAGCGGGCAGGGGCCUCCCUGUGGAGCUCCUGCGUGGUGCUGCCGCUGCUGGCGCUGACCUGGAUGUCGGCCGUGCUCGCUGUCACCGACCGCCGCUCCGCACUCUUCCAGAUCCUCUUCGCCGUCUUCGACUCGCUGGAGGGCUUCGUCAUCGUCAUGGUGCACUGCAUCCUCCGAAGAGAGGUCCAGGAUGCUGUGAAAUGCCGUGUGGUUGACCGGCAGGAGGAGGGCAACGGGGACUCAGGGGGCUCCUUCCAGAAUGGCCACGCCCAGCUCAUGACCGACUUCGAGAAGGACGUGGACCUGGCCUGUAGAUCAGGUGAGCGCCCGACAGUGCUGAACAAGGACAUCGCGGCCUGCCGCACCGCCACCAUCACAGGCACACUGAAGCGGCCGUCCCUGCCAGAGGAGGAGAAGCUGAAGCUGGCCCACGCCAAGGGGCCACCCACCAACUUCAACAGCCUGCCGGCCAACGUGUCCAAGCUGCACCUCCACGGCUCGCCCCGCUACCCCGGCGGGCCCCUACCCGACUUCCCCAACCACUCGCUGACCCUCAAGAGGGACAAGGCGCCCAAGUCCUCCUUCAUUGGUGAUGGGGACAUCUUCAAGAAGCUGGACUCGGAGCUGAGCCGGGCCCAGGAGAAGGCUCUGGACACGAGCUACGUGAUCCUGCCCACGGCCACGGCCACGGCCACGGCCACGCUGAGGCCCAAGCCCAAGGAGGAGACCAAGUACAGCAUCCACAUCGACCAGAUGCCGCAGACUCGCCUCAUCCACCUCAGCACGGCGCCCGACGCCACCCUCCCUGCCCGAAGCCCGCCCUCACGCCAGCCCCCCAGCGGCGGGCCCCCCGAGGCACCCACUAUCCAGCCCCCGCCACCUCCACCCCCACCGCCCCCGCCUCCCCAGCAGCCCCUGCCCCCGCCACCCAGUCUGGAGCCGGCACCCCCCAGCCUAGGGGAGCCCGGGGAGCCUGCGGCCCAUCCGGGACCCAGUGCAGGUCCCAGCACCAAGAACGAGAAUGUCACCACCUUGUCCGUGAGCUCGCUGGAGCGGCGGAAGUCACGCUAUGCAGAGCUGGACUUUGAGAAGAUCAUGCACACCCGGAAGCGGCACCAGGACAUGUUCCAGGACCUGAACCGGAAGCUGCAGCACGCGGUGGAGAAGGACAAGGAGGUGCUGGGCACGGAGAGCAAGCAGCCAGAAAAGCAGCAGACACCCAACAAGCGGCCCUGGGAGAGCCUCCGGAAAGCCCACGGGACGCCCACGUGGGUGAAGAAGGAGCUGGAGCCUCUGCAGCCCUCACCGCUGGAGCUUCGCAGCGUGGAGUGGGAGCGGUCAGGCGCCACGAUCCCGCUGGUGGGCCAGGACAUCAUCGACCUCCAGACCGAGGUCUGAGCGGGUGGGCGGCGGCCACACACUGGGCAUGGAGGAGGGAUGCCGCUCCACCUGCUCCUGCCGCAGACGGGCACAGACACGCUCGCGGGCGGCGGGCCAGGCCCGCGCCCCGGCCUCAGGGCGCUCGGACAGCGGCCAGGCACAGGGCCCGCAGUGCUGGAACCAGAGCCAGAUGCAGGACAGGAGGCAGCCCGGCCGGCGGGCACAGGGCAUCGGAGGCCAAAGGUGCCUCGGACUCUGCUCUCCUCGGGCGAGGCCCGGUGGGCAGGUGGGCGGGCACCUGUGGGCAGUGGACAGGCCCGGUGCAGCCAGCGUCCCAGGAUGCCCGCCUGAACUCCUGCUGUGGAGGACCAGCCUGCUUGGCCCAGCCGGCCUGGCACCGUUUUUUAAACACCCCCAUCCCUUGGGAAGCAGCCAGCCCCCCACCCCUUCCAGGGCCCUAGGCCCCUCCUAGACCAGGUGGAGAGCGCAGCCCUCCUCCCUUGAGGCCCCCGGGGCAGGACUGAGCCCCUCCCGGAAGAAGCAGGGGGAUCUAUUUUUUCUCUCCUUGUCUUUUCUUCAAUAAAAAGAAUUAAAAACCCA